AGGGGAAACCAUACCAGUUGAAGUCAAGAAAGCGGUUUACAGAAGACAGAGAGAAAGAGACGUUUUGAUCAAUCCUUCCUCAAUCGAUCAUCUUCUCCGUCUUCUCCUUUUCAUCCAUCCAUCCCUCAACAGUGAUGAAGACAAUCCCCUUCAAGCAAGAGUUCUCCUUCGAUGAACGCCUCCGUGAAUCGCAAGACAUCUUAGCCAAGUAUCCCGACAGAAUUCCCGUUGUGGUUGAAAGAUAUUCAAAGACUGAUCUACCUGAGAUGGAGAAGAAAAAGUACCUAGCACCUCGGGACAUGUCUGUUGGAUUGUUUAUUCACAUUCUGAGCAAAAGAAUGGAAUUGGAACCUGGGAAAGCUAUGUUUGUGUUUGUUCAAAAUACACUGCCUCAAACAUCAACGUUAAUUGAAAACAUAUAUACAUCGUUCAAGGAUGAAGAUGGAUUCCUUUACAUGUGCUACAGCAGCGAGAAAACCUUUGGCUGAUGUUUAUUAUUGUUCAUUUUGUGUUGAAAAAUGUUAAUAUCUAGUUAUUUACUUAGCAAACUGUAAUAAGAUAACAUUGACAACAUUUCUAUAUAUGAUAUGAUGAUAUAUUAAUUAAUGAAAAGCUUUAAGGGUAGUUUGUUUCA